AUGUCGCAAUUGUUGCCUGCUAAUUGCAUGCAAAGUCUGCCAGCCGAACUUGUGACGUUUUUAACCAGUAUGCAGUCACAGUUCAAUGCACUUAACGAACGUACAACAUAUUUAAAAUCUCUUGCUGCCAAAAAUGUCCAAUUGCAUGCUCAAUUAGCUAAUGUCCGGCAGGAGAAUGCCAAUCUCCGAUCUCAAUUGUUGCAAAACAAUGUGACUGGUCCUGUUCCCAGCUCUGCUUCUCUUCCUGCACCCCAGUCAACUGCAGAUCUUGGAACUGCUGCCUCCACUUGGGCCACCAAAACAAGCUUGAUUCUGCCAGCCAAGACACCUCAAGUUCCUUCUGCCUGCCGGGUUGCUGCCUCUCAAAGACUGUUCUCUGACAAAACUGGUCCUGAUGGUUUUGAAUAUGUUUAUAUUCCUCGCUCACGUUGUAUUAUGCACAGUGAAGUGCACCGCUCUCUCCGCACUCUUGGUGUUGACACUGGUCGCCUGUUAGAUAUUAACUUUCCUGCUCAUGGAGUUAUUGGAAUUCUUGUUCAUGUGCAGUAUCUUGAGGAAUUUAAGUCCCAAUUAGCUAGUGCUAAGGUCUCUCUUGUCAACAACUUUGAUCCACUUCAUCCUAAAAAUGUUGCUGAUCCCAAGUUUGCCAACUUGUCUGUCUCUGGUCUUGAAACCCAGGCUUUGGUUCUCCAAAAUGCCUGCUGUCUCCAAGCUCUCAAGUUUUUGCGUUCUCACUUGGUCCUGCCAGUUGCUCACUUCUUUGUCCAGUCAGAAUGGAUUGGACUUGAGGAAAUUACUGUCCGACCAGUAGCUGAGCACUUUGGUGAUGCUCCAAACAAAAAACGUGUCCUUGAUGCUCUCACUGCUAUCAUUGAAUGA